GCCCUUCCCCGGCGCGCGCCUCGGCCCCGCCGCAGAGCCUACGCGGCGCGUGUGGGCGUCUGUCUGGGCCGCGCACCGGCGCCCGCUCUCUCACUCCUUCCGCAGCCGCCCAGAUAAGGACGCGCUGGGGCUGGCGGCCCGCGGACUCCCCGGGGACUCGGACGGACGCGGCGCCCUCCGAGCCUUUCGUGCGGCCGAGCCUGUGGCGCUUUGGUCCACAACAAAUGAACAAAAACGAAUAUUUAAAGGUCAAUAAAAACCCAAGCCACCAAGAUAAGUCAGUGACCGAGUGGAAGGGGUAACCGUGUGGCAGGAGUGACUCGGGCAGCAUCCCCUUGUGUGUGUGUGUCUCCUCUGCUGGUAGCGUCACAGAAGGAGCAGAAGAGGCACUGAGAAGUUCUGGUGGUUUCCAGAGAGUUAAGCUCCAGAGAGCUUAACCAGAACCCAAAACGAUCGCAUCGGAAGUGACGGUGGAGGUUUGGAAGAUGACACACAACGCAGUUGCCUUUGCUCUGGCGGCAGACUAGCGGGCGGAAAAGUAUGACACAAAUUUGAUGUCGGUGUCUGCUUGUCUGCUUCCCCAAGGUCAAGAAAUUAUCUCCUUAGAAGGCAACAGUACUAUGCACGUUAUGAAUUGUGUCUCCUUGGUCAGUGAUAAAGGAAAUGGGAAUAUUGCCACGACAGCUGGAUUCAUGAUUGGGCAAACGCCGCCACCACCACCUCCUCCUCUACCCCCUCCACCUCCACCAUGCCCAUACUCAGGGAAAGGGUUUCCUCCCCCUCCCCCUCCCCCUCCCCCUCCACUGCCUGGGGGGCCUCCGGUCCCCCCUCCCCCCCCAGGACUACCCCCAACCUCUCACCUGAACGGCUACAGCCACCUCGGUAAGAAAAAGCGGAUAAGGAGCUUUUUUUGGAAAACCAUUCCAGAGGAGCAAGUUCGUGGCAAAACCAACAUCUGGACCUUGGCAGCCAGGGAGCAGCAUCACUACCAAAUUGAUACAAAGAGCGUCGAGGAGCUGUUUGGGCAGCAAGAAAAUACCACCAAGUCUUCCCCUUCUGGGCGAGGAGGGCCUUUAAAUUCGUCCUUCAGGGAGGGCAGAGAAGAGAUUACUAUCUUGGAUGCAAAACGAAGCAUGAACAUUGGGAUAUUUCUAAAGCAGUUUAAGAAGUCUCCUCUGUCCAUUGUGGAAGAUAUUCAUCAAGGAAAGAGUGAGCAUUAUGGAUCAGAGACAUUACGUGAAUUUCUUAAGCUUUUGCCAGAGUCAGAGGAGAUAAAGAAACUAAAGGCAUUUAGUGGAGACGUGGCCAAGCUGUCCCUAGCAGACUCCUUUCUGCACUGCUUAAUUCAGGUGCCAAACUGUUCACUGCGGAUUGAAGCCAUGGUGCUAAAGAAAGAAUUUUUGCCCUCUUGUUCUUCUCUAUACACAGAUAUAACCAUUCUAAGAACCGCUACAAAAGAGCUGAUGUCAUGUGAGGAACUACAUUCGAUAUUACACUUGGUGCUGCAAGCAGGGAAUAUCAUGAAUGCAGGAGGGUAUGCUGGCAAUGCAGUAGGAUUUAAACUAUCUUCUUUGCUCAAAUUGGCAGACACAAAAGCAAAUAAACCUGGGAUGAAUCUCCUGCACUUUGUUGCACAGGAAGCCCAGAAGAAAGAUGCCGUGCUUCUAAACUUUUCUGAAAAAUUGCAUCAUGUUCAGGAGGCUGCUAGAUUAUCUCUGGAUAACACAGAGGCAGAGCUGCACUCGCUCUUUGUCAGGACAAGAUCUCUAAAGGAGAACGUCCAGCGGGAUGGUGAGCUCCGUCAGCAGAUGGAAGAUUUCCUUCAGUUCGCCCUGGGAAAGCUGGCGGAGCUGGAGCGCUGGAAGCAAAAGCUCCAGGACGAGGCCCACACCCUCAUCGACUUUUUCUGUGAAGACAAAGACACCGUGAAACUGGACGAGUGCCUUCAGAUAUUCAGAGACUUCUGUGUCAAAUUCAACAAAGCAGUGAAGGACAACCACGACCGCGAGGUGCAGGAGCUGAGGCGCCUGCAGCGGCUGAAGGAGCUGGAGCAGAAACGGCAUUUCUGGCCGGCUGGGGAGCUUGGAUUCGGCCGGAGCAGCAGUGAGAAUGACGUGGAGCUGUUGACUAAGAGGGGCGUGGAGGACCUGCCGCCUUUCCUGCACUCCAGGCCCAUCAGCCUCUCCUACCGGCCCCCCAACACCCGCCGCUCCCGCCUCUCCCUGGGCAUCGUGGCCGACCGGGAGCUGCUGACCUUCCUGGAGAGCUCCACUGACAGCCCCGAGGAGCUCAAGUUCCACAGCUUGCCCCGGAGCUGCCCCUGGCAGGCCCCGGCCAGCGGAGCCCGGACGGAGCCUGGAGGACAGAGGGACCAGGGCUCCAGCCCAGCACACAGACCUCCGGUCUCGGAGGGCCAGGAGGAAACCCCCCACCCCACCUCCGCUUGGCCGGGGCAGCUCCCGGCGCCCCGACCUGAAGAACCCGCCCCCGCCUUACCCCGGGUUCGGCGCAAUGGGGUCAGCAUCCUCCGAAAGAGGAACAGCGAGCCCGUGGGCCUGGGUUCCGUGCGGUCCCCUCCACUUUCGCCGUUGGCUCUAGGGAUUAGGGAGCAUGAGCUGGUGACGGGUCUGGCCCAGUUCGACCUCCAGGCUGCCAAGGGCCCGGAGGAGCUGGCCCCGCUGACCGUAAAUGACUUCAGCCCAAUGGAGCUGGCGCCCGUGGGGGCUGAGAACCCGCAGUCCCUGGGCGCCAGCAACGGCAGCCCGACGCCCGUGGGCAGAGGUGCCCAGGGGGGUCCCAGCCCGGCCCCGGGGGAUGGCAGCGCUGCCCCGGAUGAGCCCAUCAGCGCGGCUCCAGUAUCUGAGGGCAGCAGCAACCCCGAGAACCAAGAUCCUGGGUCUCUGUUCUACAUCUCGGACACCACCGACUGCUCGCUGACCCUGGACUGCUCGGAGGGAACCGACUCCAGACCCGAAGCGGGGGACCCGGGGGAGGGGGGCGACGGGGAGGGCUGGGCUGGGGAGACGGGCGGCAGCCAGGUCUCCUCAAACCUUGCCUGCCACCCUCCUGCGGAGGCUCCCACUGCCGCCUCCGCCUCCGGCGGCUCCCUCUCAGGGAAGAGCGAGCCGGACAGCAAGGGGGGCGUGCCCAAGGACAGGCCGGCCAGAGGGAGGGAGGUGAUGGCCCCGAAGAGAAGCCCCCUCAAAGACGCGUCGACGGGGGCGUCCAGGGCUGGGCCUGCCCGGCGGGGGCGCGGCAGGGCGGGGCCGGUGCGGACGCUGACGGGCUGGGAGAGCGAGAGCAUGCGCAAGGUCGUGCCCAUUUCGCGCUCCGGCCGCGCCCCCCCACCCGGCAAGCGCGCCCCCGCGAGGGGCCCCGUCGGCGCUAACCCGCCGGCGCCGCUGUCGCGCCGCAGCUCGGUGCUGGGGACCCCGAACGCGUCGCCCGGGAGGCCUUCGACGGCGGUCCGGCCCGGGAGGGAGCCCCCAGCGCCAACCAGGAGCUCCUUCAGGAAGCCCAGCGCCAAGCCCCUGCGCAAUGUUCCACGGCAGAAGCCCGAGGAGAACAAGAUCUGCCGCUCCGGCUCCCAGGGCCCCGACAGCCCCGAGGAGCCGCCCCGCGCCCCGCCGGCCCCCAGCGCGCCCCGUGGCCCGGCCCCGGUCCCCAGCUUCGCCCGCAACACGGUCGCCUCCUCGUCUCGGUGCCAGAGGACCGACUCCCCGUCUGUGGCCAGAUCCCCGGGCCUCACCCGGACCGUGUCGCAGCGGCAGCUGAAGGUGAAGGGUGGCCCCGAGGACGCCGCCCCCAAGGACAGCGGCGCCCUGCGGCGGGCCGGCAGCGUCCGCGCCCCCCGGAAGGGGCCCGAGUCAGCCGAGGGCCCCGGAGACAGCGCCCAGGCCCCGCCGAAGGGCCGCGGGGCCGGGGAAAGGGCCUCCUUCCGGCUGAAGGACGCCUGUCGGGGGGCGCUGGGGAAGGGGCUCCAUCCCUUGUGGAAGUGAGAGGCGUCCGCGCUCCCCGCUCGCGUCCUGGGGUUCGGGUGGUGAGGACUGAUUUCUGCGAAAGGCCGACCCCGAAUGUCUAUUCCACAUAAAGUCCGCCGGGGCCACCUGCCAGUGCUCCUGUCACCGAAGGUGCAGCCGUGGGGCCCGCCCACCAUGCCGCGCUGACUCUGGCUGGAUGAACUGCCGGUCGGACGUCCUGCCGCCACGGGUAGGCAUCCCCACCCGCGCCCCGGAGGUGGACCAGGCGGACCCCGUCUCCCAAACAGACCACAGAGACCCGUGAACGACUCAGACGAGGAAAAUGACUUUCCUAUGUAACAAGUAAAGAAGAUUUGGGGCCAGUUUUUAUGUAUCAAUGACUUAUUUUUUAAUAUAAAAAUUAAACGUU